AUUACAUACGUUUUUUGUAAUCAGCUUCUCCCGCGAGGGGGGCUUAUCCUCUCAAAGCCUCCCUACCCCUUUACGAUCGAUUUAAUUGUGGUUAACGCUAUUUUCCUUGCUUCUUUCGUUGGCCAUCCCGGGUCACGUGACACCGGAGAGCACCGCUAAGGGAAACACCCGGAUGUCGGUGCGUGAUUGCCAUUCCAGGCGAAAUAAAGGCCUGGGGUUGUUUGGUCGCCAUUUUGGAUUGAGGCAAGGAGACGCCAUCUUGGAUUGGGGCAGAGAGGCUUCAUCGAGCGGCCAUUUUGGAUAGGGGCAGAGAAGUCGGUGCAAGCGAGCGAAAGCGACACACGCGGUGUGGGGAGGGGCUGGAGCGGGCUCUGUUUGAACUGAUAAUCAUGGCAUCCAGCAAGUUUGUUAUUAAGAACAGUAUGAGUUGAACCAAUGAGAGCAGCCCACCACAUAAUUCUUUUUCUUCUUUCAAAGUAAGCUGUUGGAUGAAGUGUGGGAACUUUGCUGUCCUAGUGGAUUUUCAUAUUUUGCCUCAGGGCUCCAGUAGAGACUCCAGCUGGUUUUCAGAUCAUGAGAAGGAGGAACUGUGCUUGCUGCUAAAAGACACUAUUGAUUCAAGAGUCAAGCACUACUUAGAAGCUCGUAAACACCGUGGCCAGUGGAAACACGCGGAAUGCACACAAUCCAGUCCCUUGUCCCUAAAAGGUGGCAAUUUUCACAUUACAGCCUACUUCAUAAAGAGAUGGGUCAAUCUCCGUUGUGUGGUGGGGAAACAGUAUCGCGAGCUGCGUGUAUUUCCAGACAAAUUUGUGGUUUGUGUCACUAGACUUGAAUCUAAUCCCAGUCUUUGGACAAGCGAAAAUGGAGCACUGAAAGAAAAGCUUUUUAAUGGGACCUCUGAAUAUUUUGCUGAAUCUACUGAAAACGAAAAGUGUAAAAUUCCUCCAACUCGACAGAUAAAGCAAGACCUCUUGCAAAAGCUUGUGAAAAGGACAGAAACAAGGAACAGUAACAUGAGCAAACCUCAAACCAGCAAGGACACAAUGCAAGUAUAUCUUGGCUCAGGGGACUGGGAGACAGGGAGCAGGAAGAAGGAACAUCAAGCUCCUUCCGAUCCUCAGUCUGAAGUAAAAUGUAGGAGUAUAGGACAACCAAAGGAUUGCAUAAAUACAGCUGAGAGCAACUCGGAGCUUCCUGCCUUAGAACUGGAAAAUCAUGUUAAUCAGAGACAGCCAGAUGAUGCUAGCAGCCAGCAAAAACUUCACUCUGCAGAGUGGUUAAAGAUGAGACUUCUAAGCAGUAACCCUCCAUGUAGCUGUGAGUCAGCACUGCCAGAUCCAAAAGAAAGUCAAAGAGUGACUAAAACACAGAAUCAACAAAAGAGCUGUGGUUCAGAGGAAGAGUUAGACCAUUGGAAGAAAGUAUCUUCUGAACAGAGUCAUUUAAUCCCCAGAGGCGUAGAAAGGAAAAAGAGCAACUCUGAUUGUUUAGAAUCAUCUUCGGAGGAGAAGUCCCUACUGAAUCCCAAGUUGUUUUCUAAGCAAGACUUGGCAAAAGCCAUGUCUGAUGAAGAGUCACUUACUUUAGGAAAAAUUCCCCCAAGACCUGUUUUCAUAAAAAAUAAUAUACCAGUAAUACAGACAAACCAAAAUGAGCCAGCCACAACCACUGAGGAAUUAUCCCUAAUGCCGCUAUCCUCUUAUUUAAAAUUUAACUUCGAGCCUUCAGAGAAACUUAUCCAAAAAAGAAAGAAAGAGGGAGAAGAUGGGCCCAGAAAGUUAAAACUACGGAGACUUAAGAAGUAAUGAUGUAUUACAUAUUACCAAGGUGAAAUCAGUUAUGCAACCAAACCUGUAUUCAAUAGACAGACAUAUUUGGUGAGGUUUUAGGAAGCAGUUCAGAAUAAAAAGAAGUGAUCAAAAUACUAAAUGUUAAACGUAGUGUCUAUGUUCCUAAACUUUCUAACGAUGAAACUGAUUCAUUAAAUGCCUUAAUCAUUUGGAAGUUUAACAAAAGCACACUUGAUUUUAUCCUGUCAACAUUAAGAUAUUUAGCAAAACAAGGAUGUGGUGUUAGACAAUGAAUGAAUAUUCCAUACAUAAAAUGUUAAUAUUUAAAGCUAGACAUUCUAUAGGGAUGUGUUUUGAUACUACUAAUAAAUCAGCAUCUGGAGAUCUGAUGACAAAAAAUGCCAAAGUAACUUCCACUAUUGUCAGCUAACUGGUACAGACAGAUUCUUCAUUUUUCUGCAGACUACUAAACUCAACAUUUUAUUCAUUGGUAAAACUCAUCAUUUAGGCUUUAGCGGGGGAAAUACUUGGUUAAUUCAUCUGAUCUUUGGAACCUUGUAAAGGAAAUAAAUACUAAUGAAAAAGUACCCUAGUAUAGUGCUCUCAUCUAAAAUAUUUUCAAGUAUCACUUUAGCCAGAUUAAAAACUGACAUGUGCAACAGUCAUUUAGGGCUGGAUUUUUCAGCAGGGACUCAACAUAAAUGCACGCACUUUUCUAGCACUAGAUAUGCACACAGGUGAUAGAAUUUUCACAUGCAUACCUCAUUGAGAGAAAUGAAGUUUGUAUGUGCAAAGCCCAUCACCUUCAUGUGCAGGAGUUAUUGUUGGGGAAAGUGCAUGCACACACAUUGAAAAUCAAACAUUAUUUGUACUUGAGGGCCAUUUACUAAAGUUUCCUUUGGUGUAUUUGGGUUUAAGCUAAAUCUGUUGUAUUUGACUAUUAUCAAUGUGGCAUUGGAGUUAGUUCCUACUGCCACAUCUUUUUUAAUAUUGCUUUUAUGACUUGUGUACUUCAUUUGGUGUGCCAGUUAACUCAUUAUUCCAUUGUCUUCUUCCUAAAAUGGAUACAAUAAAAUUGCAAGAAAUUUCAUUUUU